UCGAGGCUCGUCGUGCUUACAAGAAGAAACGCGGACGUCCGUCCGUCCGUCCAUACGUCCGUCCCAUGGAAUGAAGCGUAGGUUGGUUCGUUGCCCCGGUAGUACGUUCUCGUACUACCGUGGCCACAACGAUUGUACGAGCGACGUCAGGCUCGGAAUCGAUCGUGUACCGCGUGGAGAUGGAGAUUUUUCUCGACGGGUGAUGAUGAUUCCUCGAUUGCGAAUUGGGAUUCAAUGACUUUCGAGACGAGAAGAGACGACGCUGGAUUCGAAGCUCUGCGGUGAAUUCGGGCUGGGAGCCGUGGGAAGUGUCGCCGAGUCGUGGGGGAGGUGAUUUUUGGGCGAAUGCGGUGCUUUUCGUUCUAUGGCGAGGCGGUUUGUCAUGGAUUGUUUGAAGACUGGGCUGUCGGAGGCACUCGAGAGGUUGGGCGGGUGAUGACUGUGUAAUUUUUGGUUCGAAGUAUUGAAUUUAUGGAAGCAGAUGAUUGAUCGGGUUGCUGAGAGACGCGGCGGGUUUCAUCAUCGGGGACAAUGACACCUCAAGCGAUUUCCGCCCCUUCUUUGUAUCAAACCCUCACACGUCGCCAAUGGUAUAGUUCGGGGCACGCUCGCCACGACUCGUUGUCCGCUGCCUAUGCACAGCUUGGACUUUCGGUCGGCGCAAGCUUGGACGAAGUGAAGGGAGCGUAUCGCCGCCUCGCCUUACAGUGUCAUCCUGAUUUGAACAAGAAAGACGGUCAAGAAUUCGUACGCAUCACCGCAGCAUAUCAAAGGAUUGUCAAUAAAUCUCCGGUCUACAAUAGCACUCCCUCCAAGCCGAGAAGAUAUCCUGGACCAGUAGUGUACGCUCAGACGCCUCAGUCAAGAUUCACACCUAGAGCUGCAGCUGUCUGGGGAGUGGGAUUGGCAACGGGGUGCGCAUUUUUUGGAGCAGUUCUAUUAUGGGCUCGCGCAGAAAUGGUCCAAAGUUCCUAUCACAGGAGAGGUCCCAGUCGUGUUGUGGAACCUACUCAUGAUGCUUUGAAGCGGGAGCGAAUCCAAGCCCUGCUCAUGGAGAAAACCAGGGCCAGGGACGGUGGAAACGAGAAUCAAUCGAAAGUCUAGCAGGACUGAACAGAAUGCACGCACCAUUGUUAUUUAGAAGAAAUUCAUCUGCAACGGAGAUGGGCUUCAUGUAGUACCCUCAUCUGAGCAUACGAUGAUCACGAAGGUGAAGUCGUCUACCCGACAGUCCUGUGGUAGAUUACGUAUGCAGAUCAGAGCUGUAUGCUGUAGAUCAGCCCAUUGCCAAGCAAGUUUGCGGUUUCUGUUUCUCAGAUUUCUCACCUGAUUCAUUUUUCAAACCUAUGUAGUCGUUGGUGACGAGGUCGUUUUGAAUAUUUAAGGUUUUGAGAGGAACCAAGCUAUAUGUGAUUACACGAUUGGAGGUCGCUGGCCUGAGUGAGGACUACGUGUAGGAGACAGCACAUGGACGACCCAAACCAGAUGCGGUGGCUGACAACCUUACGGUUCCAAGUUCUGAGUGGACAUGGCUGUGGUGAAGUCGGCCCUUCUUGGGAAUCGAGAGAAAUGUAUACAUGCAGGAAUUUCCAGCAACUGAGAAAUUCCUUUCUUUAGUAUUGGAAAGUUAUCUUUAUGUAUCUUCUAUUAUUCACCUAGCUCAUUUAGUGAUACAUGUUUGGGACUAUGCCCUUCGGACAUGCCCCCUUGUCUUGUCCUGGGGGUGUCUUUCAGUAACAAAGUGUGGAAGACAAUUCAAUUUAAUUAGACUACUUCGAAGCUGACAUUGAAGGUGGUUCCCAAGAGAAUUAAGUGGUAUGCCUGGUCCUUGAGGGAUGGAAAUUGUUAUCAUGUAUUUACAUCUAGUGCAUCAUGGUAGGGAUACACCACCAGUGACACAUCGAGUUGGAAAUUUCUCCAGCAAGUUCAAGGCCAAUUCAUACGGUUCAGCUUCUAAAUGACAUACUUCUUGAACAGGUCGUGGGCACCGUAAUUUCAUGUUGAUGCGAAAUAAUAGUUGUCAGUAUGUACGCAGUAGAGGUGUUUCUUCGGUUCGUUGUUGUUCAACUAGUCAUACUUUCAGGAUGCCGACUCUCGUGUCUGUACGUCGAUCCAGUCAGAACGGUUUCAUGUCAUUUCGUUGAGGAUGGAUGAUGUCUUCUGAACAUAUUUGCCUAUGAAAACUGGAGGGCAUCAAGUACUUGACAUCUGAUGGUUUGGAAUCAUGUGAAGAGCUUGAUGAGGAGUUGGUGCCUGGUGAACGAAAGGGGGACGUACCUGAAAGAUCGUCAAAGUUCGAUCCGCAUGUCUGAGACAAGUAGUCUUCCAAGUUUUUCUAACACCUAGAUUUACAGCCGGGAUUGACUGUCUUCUGAGAAAGAAAAUUUGAUCUGACACAAGUAAUUUUCAUUCUUUCAGACGAUCAUAUUAUCUGAAGACAGGCGAUCGAAAUAAUUCCGUGGUUGGAUUAGUUCUAAAGCCAGUAACAAAGUUUGCUAUCUUCGCAGACAUUUGUUGACCCAGCAAUACAGAGAAGUACGAAGUGUCGAAAGCAGAGACUCAUCUCACCAAC